AUGUUCCAUGACAUCAGAGCCCAACAAGAGGCUCAAGGUCUAGACCCAUGGGCGCCAUUUGCGGACACAGAGGAAUGGGGACUUGUGAAAUGGUUGGUAUCCCGUGUGGGCCAAAAUGCGAUAGACGAGUUCAUGAAACUACCAAUUACCAGCCGCCUUAAUACAUCAUUCACGAGCAAAUACACCCUGAUGAAAGCAAUCGAUCAGCUUCCCCGCGGAACAGAAUGGCAGUUAAAGAGAAUAAACGUAGAGGGCAACAAACUCACCAAUGACGGGCACUGCGAAACUGAGGAUCUUGAACUGUGGCUGCGGGACCCAGUAGACUGCAUCUGCGAACUCAUGGCGAAUCCAGAGUUCGAUCGCAUGGUAUCAUAUGCACCAGAGAGAGUGUUUGCUGAUGCGGAGGGCAAGACAAGACGGUUUGACGAAAUGUGGACAGGUAACUGGUGGUGGGAGAUGCAGGGAAGACUGCCUCAAGGGGCGGUUGUUGCGCCAUUCCGGGGAGACCAGGAGGUGUGGCCCGUCUACUUGACCCUCGGAAACAUCUCCAAAGAGAUCCGCAGUCAGCCAUCCAAACACGCUGCAAUUCUGAUCGCGUACUUACCGAUCUCGAAGUUAGAAUGCUUCACGCGCGAUACACGUUCCGUGGAACGUUAUCGUCUCUUCCACUACUGCAUGACGCAGGUCCUGGAGCCAUUGGUCAAGGCAGGCAAGGAUGGUGUCGAUGUCACAUGCCCUGAUCGUCAAGUAAGGCGCAUGCAUCCAGUCGUGGCAGCGUAUGUGGCGGACUUUCCAGAGCAGUGCCUGGUGGCCUGCUCCAUGGAGAAUAGGUGCCCAAAGUGUGUUGUGGGACGCAACGAGUGUGGUGACAUGACGAGGUCGGAAAUGCGCAAUCGAGAAUCAACGCUGGAAUACCUACGCUUGCACCAUGACGGCGAAAUGACGAUCUACUCACCAUUCUGGGCUACACUGCCACACAACGACAUAUUCUCAUGUAUCACCCCCGACAUUCUACACCAGCUGCACAAAGGUGUUUUCAAAGAUCACCUGGUCAGCUGGUGCUCCGAUAUCAUAGGCGAGGAGGAACUUGACGCGCAUUUCAAAGCGAUGACGUCCUAUUCGGGCCUUCGGCACUUCAAGAAAGAGAUUUCCAAAUGGAAACAAUGGACGGGGGCAGAUUAUAGAGAGUUACAGCGGGUUUUCCUUGGGGUAAUUGCUGGUGCGGUCAACAGCCAAGUUCUUGCUGCCGUUCGUGGUGUGUUAGAUUUUGUCUAUUAUGCACAGUACCAGACACACACAGACGUCACACUUUCCCACAUGCAUAGUGCACUUGCAUCAUUCCAUGCCAACAAGCACGUUUUCCUCAAUCUCGGAGUGCGGGAGCACUUCAACAUACCUAAAAUUGAUUCCAUGCUUCACUACAUCGACGCUAUUUGUCUGUUUGGAAGUGCAGAUGGCUUUAAUACCGAGCUCCCUGAGCGUCUGCACAUCGAUUUUGCUAAGCAUGCUUACCGUGCCUCUAAUCGACGUGACUAUGUUAUCCAGAUGACUACCUGGUUACAAUGGCAAGAGUCCAUCGCCAUUCAAGAUGCUUACCUUCGAUGGUGGGCUUCACAACACCCUGCCAAUGAUAAUUUGGUGCAAGACGAGGCAGAUUCCAGUACCUCGGACUCGGAUUCUGAUGGUCCAGCGCCUAUGGGAGCCAACCACAUCAUCCUGCCUUGUCAAGCACAACGCUUCACGAUGCUGAUGGCAUCACAGGGGUACUUCGUCCCCAGAAGGUGUCCAUUCCCAAACUCUACAAUCCAACGGUUACUCCAUGACUAUGGCACUGCACUUUUCAUCCCUGCUCUUGAAGAUUUCCUUCGUAACCACAUACCAAAAGGGUUGCACAGAAAGCUCACUCCACAAGACCGCGUCCUCUCGCCAGUACGCGCGGCGCCAGUCAUACCAUCGAAGGAUGCAAGGAAAGGGCCAGCGCCUGCACACUUUGACACGGUGCUUGUGAUUGAGGAUGAGGACCGGUACACUGGGGAGGGAAUGUCAGGUCUGCGCGUUGGUGAAGUGAUGGUGAUUUUCGACCUCCCGUCACGUUUCGGUCAUUUUCCCCACCCCCUUGCAUACAUCCAUUGGUUCCGGCCACUUCAGGCAUUCGACGAUAAUUUGCAGUUUUUCAGGCUCAUGAGGUCUUCACGGCAGCGGGGACCUAACGCAGCCAUUCUACCCGUGAAUCGAAUUCUUCGCCCUUGUCACCUUGUUCCACGGUUCAGUUGA